CAUUCGUUCCAAGAUCCUCAUGGAACACCAUCGAGGUUUCAAUUGGUUUCUUUUUUUUAAAAAAAAAAAAAGCAAACAAAUAAUAAUUUUAAAUGAUAAUAACUUAAUUUUUUAGUGAAAGUGAUUCAUAUGAUUUUGAGGAAGGACAAAAAGAAGAGGAUGAUGAUGCUUGGUUAUUUGAUACAGUUCAAAAUACAGUAAAUCAUCGUAAAUCACAUUCUUUGGGAUCACUACAUACUAAAUCGGAUCAAUUAUCACCUGUAAUAGAAGGAGAUGAACAACAAGGAUUUACAAUUGAUAAAAAACAAGAAGAAUCAUCUAAAGAUGAUACGGAUAGAACUGUUAUACCAAGAGAUGCGAGUUUUCGUCAUGGAAGAAUAAUAACUGAAGGAUUUCUUUCACCUUCAAAACCAAUGUUUCGAAAAAAAUAUUCGGAAUCUCAACAUCCAUUACUUCAAUUAUUUAAUAAUGAAGAGUUGCAAGACAAUGUUUCGGAUUCUUCACCGACUGGAAGUUACAGAAAUCCAACUAUAACUAUACCUCCAGUAAAUAUUAAUUUAAUGCCACAUAUGGAAGAUUCUCCCUCAAGAACAAUAACAAGAGCUCAUUUUCAAUCAAAUUAUCUUGUUCCAAAAACAAAAGAUUCUAACUCUGAUAGUGGUUCAAUUGAUAGUAGGUUAUCUUCGUCAAGUAGAGAUGGUUCAAAAUCACCUUUAUCUUCAUCAUUUAAUCUCGACUCAACUCCGAGUUCACAAAAUUUGCCUUCAAAACCUGAAGUUACAAAAAAUGCUACUUCAGAGAAACAAGAAUCAUCGUCUCCUGUAUCAAAGAUCAUUUCUCCAACACAGUCAUUAUCAGACAUGACUAGAAAUGGAUUAUUAUCACCUGUUUCUAUAACAAAUGGAAAGGGUCCUGUAAGACAAGAGAGUGGAUAUUUUUCAGUUCAACAUAAAUCCAAUAUAUCGGUAGAAAUUACUAAUCCUACUAUAGAUAAGAUAAAUUCACCAGCAAACGCAGGAUCAAAUUCAGGAGGAUUAUUAACUCCUCCAUUAUCCUCUCUUGCCAUGUCAAAAUCAGACCACCUCCUGCAAGACAUGGAAGUUUUGAUAUUUCUGUUCCCAAUAAUGAGUCAUCUGGUAUACCUCUCUAUAGAUCAAGUAGUCAAGGAAAGCAAUAUCCUUCUCAAGCUCGCCGUGUUAGCUGUAAAUUUACCAAGACAAAGAGCCACAAGCGUAAGCCAUAUGCAGCAGAGAUCUCCAAAACCGAAAUUUAUUGCGGAAGAGAAUGGGUCAUCAUCUCAUUUACUCACACCUUCACCUUUAUCAUCUAAAUUUAAUCAAUUAUCAUUACAACAAAAUUCACCAACAAGAUCAUUUUUUACGGGAAGUGGAGUAAGUGUACAAAAUACAUCUAUAACAUCAGCUACAUUGUUAAAUUCUGCAGGACCUGAAUUGAAACCAUUAAAAAUGGAUAAGUAUCGUGGUAACAGUGAAGUUUACGAAGAUUUAGCAAAAACUACUGAUGAUUUAUUACAAUGGUUAACGUUAUUAGAUGCUGGAAUUAGUCAAUUAUUAACAAGAUUUUAAUUUAUUAUUUUGAGAAGAAAAAUAAAAGAAUAUUUUUAAUAUUUUGGAUAAAAAAAGAUUUUAUUGUAAGAGUAAAAUUAAAAAGGGGUUAUAAUAUAAUAUAAUGUAUUUUUAAAUAGAAGUUUAAUAGCAUUUAAUUGAUCAUUUUAUCUUAGUUUCAUUUAAUAUAUACGUAUAUUUUAAAAAAAUUUAACAUGUACAAUACC